GCCCGCCCUGCGCAGCCGCAGGAGGGCAACAGAACUGGCCUUGGCCUGGCGGAAGCAGGAGAUGCGGGGCGCGGCGGGAAGAUCAUGAGCACGACGGGAGUCCCUGGUCGCCGGGCGCGAUUGUCGCGCCUCGUGUGCUUCAGUGCGAGCCACCGGCUGCACAGCCCAUCUCUGAGCGAUGAAGAGAACUUGAAAGUGUUUGGGAAAUGCAACAAUCCAAAUGGCCACGGACACAAUUAUAAAGUUGUGGUGACAGUACAUGGAGAGAUCAAUCCUGUUACGGGAAUGGUUAUGAAUUUGACUGAUCUCAAAGAAUACAUGGAGGAGGCCAUCAUGAAGCCCCUUGAUCACAAGAAUUUGGAUCUGGAUGUGCCAUACUUUGCUAGUGUUGUAAGCACGACAGAAAAUGUAGCUGUAUAUAUCUGGGCGAACCUCCAGAAAUUCCUUCCGAGGGGAGUUCUCUAUAAAGUAAAAGUGUAUGAAACUGAUAAUAAUAUUGUGGUCUAUAAAGGAGAAUAGUUCUUAAUGACUAAUGUUGUAGAAAGACCAAUUUUGUAUUUGAAAAGGCUCUUUAUCCUUUUAGAACAUUAAGCGUUCACCAUGUAAUUGUAUCUCUAUGCUGUGUUCUGGAGUGCCUGAUCUGUUUUGUUGUAUAUUUAAAUAUGCUUAAAAAUCAAACUUGCAGUGUAUCUUGAAUAUCUUUUUUAGUGAGAAAGCAAGUAGCCCCCCAGAAUGUUGGAUUGGCAGUUGGUUGAAUCCAUGGCUGUGGAACCCACACAGGUCACCGACUGCAGUUAUUUACCGAAUUCUUCCCUGUUCUCUUUUCAUUAUGAGUGGCUCCUCAAGAGUGCAUUUUCUUGCUUUGCACAAACAACUGCUAUCUGGUGUUCCUGUUGGUAUGCUAAACUUUUUAAAUGCAGGGUUUUACAUUUCUCUCCAUGUUGCAGUCAGUACACAGUGGAGUCUCAGAAUGUUGCUACCUAAUACAUUCUAAAAGAACUUGGACACCGACUAUGAUUCUAGAAAAAUUUGUAAAAUAGGCUAUUGGAGAGCACCUAAAGGACUUUCAUUACAAAUUUUGACAGUGCAAUGCCCAUUUGGUUAAAUUUUAAUAUGUUUUAGUUGGCAAACUAUUUUAUUCAUGUAGAAUAUUUUGUAUUGGUUACCUGAAUGGCAAGAUUGCUGUUGUUUUUAAAGGUACUUUCUGUUUGAAUUUUUACAGAUACCAUGCAAGGUGGGCAUUGUUUCCAUUUUCCCAUUAAAAAAAUUAAAUUUGAAAAAAUUUAAGUUUUUGCUUAAUAUCACUCAGCAAAUAAAUUGAAAAGUGGGCAUGCCACAUCAAAACACACACUGAAAAAAAGAUUACAUAUAUUUCCAGAUUUAAAAAAAAUAAUCCAAAUUUUACAGAUCUGAUCUAUCACAAAAACAUUACUUUUCAUGAUAACAUUGGCAUUUCUGAUGUUUGUUGCUUAUGAGUUACUUGAAGAUAAUAUUUGAAAGAUUUUUUCUGUGUGUGUGUGUGUAUGUGUGUGUGUGUACAUGGCAAAUGUUUGGUGCACACUUGUCAUGUUGAGUGUGCAGAGGUCAGACGACAACUUUUCUAGUUGGCUUUUUCCUGUCUUUUACAUGGGUUCUGGGGAUCAAACUCAGGUGGUCAGACUUGGCAGCAAGUGCUUUUACAUUCUGAAAGCACUUCUGAACAAUCUUGCCUCUUGCCCGCUCCAAAGAUAACAUUUUUUUUUCUACUUGCUCUCCCACUGAGUCAAUCAAUCAGUCGAUCAAUCAAUCAGUCUCCCCCCAACUCUCCCUAUGUAUCAUCUCUCUGUGAAGCACAUGAGUGAGCGAGUGAGUGAACGGUUGGAAGGACCAGAGUCUACAGGUGGCUUUCUUUUCUUUCAGAGACAGUAUUAAAUUCUGCUGUAAUUGUUGCUUUCCGUAUUUCUUGUUUUUCUUUUGCCAUUGUGAAUUUCUUGUGGGUAAAGUCCUUCUUCUCAGUAUCAUAUCUGCUAAAUAGUACACAGCAGUUUUUUGUUAAUUAGAUAAGUCAAGGGCACAUUGUUAAAAACUUGAAAUUUUUUUUAGCACUGAGCAAGUACUUUUAGAUUUGAUUCACUAGAGUAUUUUGGGGCUGCUGCUGUCUAGUCAGUCUCAUCUCUGGGCUUCAGUUCCCUUACCUGUGAAGUAUGUCUGUAGACUUGAUGCGUUCUGGAUUUACUUCUGCUGCUUUUAUGCCAGACGAUUAAAUAAGCUUUUAAACAUA